AUGAUUCUGACUUCCUUGUUUCUUCUAUCUAUUACCUCACAACGAAUCCAUAAUGGAGACAUAAUAUCGCAGUUCACACUUCACAUCCAAACACGAGCAUAAAUGAUGGGUGAGUUGUGUCCACGAAAUGAGAUAAGAUGAACCUUGAUAUUUCCCCUAUAUAUAAAAAGCCUUAGAAUAGAGUAUAGAAGAUAAAGAAAAGAGAAAUGGCAACAGAAACAAAAGUGGCAGUAUUAGGUGGCAUCACCGAAGUGCAGGGAGCUGCCAACAGCGUCGAGAUCAACAAUCUCGCUCGCUUUGCUGUAGAGGAACAAAACAAAAGAGAGAAUUCAGUUCUGGAGUUUGUGAGGGUGAUUAGUGCAAAGCAGCAAGUGGUUGCUGGAGUGAAUUACUACAUAACAUUGGAAGCAAAAGAUGGUGAGAUUAAAAAUGAGUAUAAAGCGAAGGUUUGGGAGAGGGAAUCCCAAGAGUUGCUAGAAUUCAAGCCAACAUUAGGUGCAGGAGGCAUCAUCGAUGUGCCUGGAGCUGCCAACAGCAUCGAGAUCGACCAUCUCGCUCGCUUUGCUGUAGAGGAACAAAACAAAAGAGAGAAUUCGGUUCUGGAGUUGGUGAGGGUGAUUAGUGCAAAGAAACAAGUGGUUGCUGGAAUGAAUUACUACAUAACAUUGGAAGCAAAAGAUGGUGUGAUUAAAAAGGAGUAUGAAGCGAAGAUUUGGGUGAGGGGAUGGUUGAACUCCAAAGAGUUGCUAGAAUUCAAGCCAGUCAAUGUUUCUAGCACACAAAUGGGUGGCAUUACCGAUGUGACUGCGAAUAGCCUCGAGAUCGACAUUCUCGCUCGUUUUGCUGUUGAUCAACACAACAAAAAAGAGAAUGCAAAUCUGGAGUUUGUGGGGGUGAUUAGGGCAAAGCAGCAGGUGGUGGAAGGGUUCAUAUACUACAUCACUUUGGAAGCAAAAGAUGGUGAAACCAAAAAUGUGUAUGAAACGAAGGUGUGGGUGAGAUCAUGGUUGAACUCCAAGGAGGUCCUCGAAUUCAAGCCCAUCAGUAUUAAUCCUCUUUCGGUGUCGGUCUAGUCUUUAUAAGGUUACAGAAAUAAAUGGUCGCAAGCUGAAAGUUGUACUAAUAUUUAUUUUUUAUAAAAAAAUCGAAGGUAGUAUUAAAUAUGUUAUAUGUAUGUAUUGUGCGGAAUAAAUGCAGCCACGUACUAUAUAUAAUGGUACAUACGGUGUAGGGCUGUACAAGUUGGGCAUCCUAUUUCAAUAUUAACGACCACUAAUAAAUAUUACCAUUGGAGUUAUUACGUAUU